AUGAUCUUCUACGACAGCAUGCCCGAGUUUGACCUGCACAAGCCAGUCACCACCAUAAACUCAGUCGAGAUGCUUAUCCCAGUGCAGCGGACGGGAUUACCCGUGGUUCUGAGCCUGGUCUUGGUUCACCUACUGCUACUCUGUAGCACAAUGGUGCUGUUUCACCUCAAGACGAGGGCUUCUGAUCUGGGCAACGCUUGGCAAGCCAUUGCCCAGAUUAUAUCAGCUGAAACGCGUGCGGUUGUGGAGGAGGCGGGUAUGGUGAGGGAUAAAGACGUUGAGGCUUGGCUAGGUCGUCGGGUGUUUCUAGAUGGUUGUAUGCUGUAUCAACGCCAGAUAUUAGGAGCAGAACGGCGAUUAUGGAACAAAAGAUGUGAUCGACAUAGGAAGGUUUCAAGUGCUUUGGACUCAGCUAUCUUCCUUCAAGUAAAAUUGUGGACCUAUUAUUCUGGACGAUGUAUAUCACUUACUCUGUAA